AUGUCCAUGCAAAGGUUUCUGUCUAGCCAAGCCUCGUCGCCUAUUCGGCAAAUAGCCAGUGGGAUGUUUGCUCGACCCUGCGACGUCUUUAUAAACCACCGUGGUGUAGACACUACGCGGACUGUUGCAGGGUUGCUCUACCACCGUCUCUCCCAGCUCAACCUCCACCCUUUCUUGUAUAGUAAAAGCAUGCAACCCAACAAUAGUCUAUUUGAGAGCAUCGGCUCAGCGAUCCAGCAAUGUAAGGUUGGGGUUGUCGUGUUCUCCCCUCGUUACUGCGAUUCGUAUUUCUGCUUACACGAGCUAGCGCUUUUGGUCGAAAUGAAAAAGAAGCUCAUUCCGAUCUUCUGCGACAUCAGACCGUCGGAGCUUCAUGUCAUGAGCAAUGAUAAGUUCACACCCAAAGAGUUGUUGAGGUUUAGGCAGGCACUGCAAGAAGCUAGGUACACGGUGGGGAUUGUGUUCAACUCACAAGACGGAAAUUGGUCUGACCUGGUGACAAGCGUUUCAGACAUCAUCCUGAAGAACCUGAAGGAAGAGGAAGGCCGCUGA